AAGUCAACCAUCGGCAUCUAUUCAGCCCGUGUCAACGCAUGCGCCACCCAUCAAAUAAGGGAUACAUAGUUAGUUGGGUCCAAAUUUACUAAAUUUAAAUUACAAUUUAAAGGGACACUCAUCAGUAAUAAUGGAACGAGAUCCCUCCCAAUUAUGGACCACGAUGAUGGAGGAGAAUGACCGGAUUCUCGCAUCGAUGGGAAUUUCGGAGGAUCCCACAACGGAAAUUCCCGGCAACGCAUCGGAGGAGGCCUCCUCCAAGGAACUGGUAUCGGAGCCGGUUACCAAGACUAGGAGGUCUAUCACACCUUGGCCCAGUAGUGUGGAAAACCGGAUCAGGAUCCAACUAACUCGGAUGAGAUCUCUACGGGAGAUCACGGAAAGGCUGCGGAGCGAAGAGGCAGGAGCCCUUCGCUAUGAUGAGCUCCAAUCAAAUCGGAUCGUGGUAGGGGACACGUGGUCCAAAUUCUCGGCCUACCACGAGAAGCUGAUUGAGGAAUCAGGCGAAGAAGUAAUGGACCACCCUUACUUCGCCGAAGAUAUGUUCGCCCAGGCGGACAGGAUCUAUCGGAAGGCGAUGGAUGAGCUAGGCCGCAGAGCGGCCAGUCUCCCACAACGCGGAUCGGGAAAUCAACAGGGAUCCUCAGCCAGCCAUCUGGAAAGAUUACAGGUGCCGGAGUUCCACGGCACCUACUCGGAGUGGAGAAACUUCCACGACGCCUACGUAUCACUUGUCCACAGCCAGGCCGGCUACUCGGAUAUGGACAAGAUGAUACGGCUAAGGAAGGCACUAAAGGGAUCGGCGGCAGAGCUCAUCACCAACAUCGGGACGGGAGCUGCCCACUAUGAGACAGCCUGGAAGAAGCUCGUAGCCCGGUACGAGAACCCACGGCUGAUUAUGGCAGCUCAUUUAAAUCGGCUGUUGAAAUUAAAGGACGUGAAGGAGCUAUCGUCAAAAAGCCUCCUUCAAGUAAUCGACGCGGUUACGGAAUCGCUCACGGCACUCAAGAACCUCGGGGCACCGACAGAAUGGUGGGACAUCAUGAUCUGUCACCUUAUCAGGAGGUCUCUUGAUCGGAACUCCAGCCAGGACUGGGAGCUGAAGCUGGGAGACUCCACAGAUCCCCCGCAGCUGGAGACUUUCCUCGAGUUUCUCAGGGCCCGAGCAAGGGCCUGGGAAAAUAUCGAGAGGGAAGGGGAAAAGCUGACUUCGGAACGGCCGAAACAGUCAGCAAAGGUCCAUCACGGAACGUCAUCGGGACCAUCAUCAGAGGUUAAGGGAACCUCGAGCAAAAGGACGGCAUGUGUGGCCUGCGGAGGGCCACACUGGAUUGGACCUGAGUGUGCCAAGUUCUUCGGCAUGAAUGCCGUGCAAAAGAGGCAGUUCCUCGUAGACGAGGGACUGUGUUACAAUUGCUUGGGGCCUCAUCGGGCAACAAAAUGCAAGAGCACCAGGAGGUGUCGGCAUUGCAACGGGUUGCACCACACUCUCAUCCACGAGAGGAGGCACGAUACGCCGGAAAACUCAACAAAGGCCAGCACAUCAUCGGAUCCUAGCACGAGCGGAAACAUCACGGGAACCGGAACCGGAGCGAGCAUCAAGGCGGUUCCUGUCAACGAACAACCGGGACCAGCAUCACGCCAGGACCAGCAACACGGCGCAUCACCAUCGGAGAAGAGGUCGACGACCUCUCAGAUUCAUCUCGGGGAAUCUUAUAACUCGGAAGUGUACCACCAUUCGGAGAAUCUAUCGGCAAAGAAGCAAUAUUCGGGUGAUCAUCAACAUUCGGCGGAAAAUCAAUUCGGACAGAAAUCCCAUGAAGAAGCCAUGCCUCGUGAAGAGGAACCAUACUCGGAGAAGCAACCGGACAAUCACCACGGGGAUCAAUAUCAAUCGGAACCGCAGUCGGUCAAUCAGGUGGACACGCGCAACGUAUUGGAAGCUCAACAGAGGCAAGUAGUAUGCCAGCCGUGUCUCUGA